AUGUCCACGGAUGUCCAGGUGGAGAUGCCGAUAGUGUCUGUUCAGCGACCCGGGCCCUAUGACAGGCCUGGCACAGCCCAGAGGUAUAUUGGCAUUGUGAAGCAGGCAGGCUUGGAGAGAAUGCAGCCUGGCGCCUACAGCGCUGGCUAUGGGGGCUAUGAGGAGUACAGUGGCCUCAGCGAUGGCUAUGGUUUCACCACGGAUCUGUUCAGAAGAGACCUCAGCUACUGCCUCUCAGGAAUGUACGACCACAGAUACGGAGACAGCGAGUUCGCAGUGCAGAGCACCACCGGCCACUGCGUCCACAUGAGAGGGCUGCCAUACAAAGUGACCGAGAACGACAUCUACAACUUCUUCUCUCCACUUAACCCGGUGAGAGUCCAUAUCGAGAUUGGCCCAGAUGGAAGAGUGACGGGCGAAGCUGAUGUGGAAUUUGCCACCCAUGAAGAAGCUGUGGCAGCGAUGUCGAAAGAUAGGGCCAGUAUGCAGCACAGAUACAUACAACUCUUCUUGAAUUCCACAACCGGGGCCAGCUACGGGGCCUACAGCAGCCAGGUGAUGCACGGCAUGGGGGUGUCCGCGGCUCAGGCCACCUACAGUGGCCUGGAGAGCCAGUCAGUGAGCGGUUGUUAUGGCGCUGGCUGUAGUGGUCAGAACAGCAUGGGUAGAUAUGAUUAGUUUUGUAGAAGCAUUUGAGUUAAUUUCAAUCAAAUUUUCAGAGGCAGCCAGCAAGCAGUGAAAAAGCAGUUAUUACCCUAGAGGAAGCUGUGGGACCCAUUUUGCACCAUGAGUUUGUGAAAUCUGGAUUAAAAAAUUACCUCUUCAGUGUUUUCUUAUGCAAACUUUUCUUCUAGCAUGUGAUAUUGAGUAAACUAAAACUAUUUUCCGCUUUUCUCGAUUAACAUUUUAGUAGUAUCCUUCCGAGUGAUGUUAUCUGAGUUAAAGUAGUUUAAGUAUGUUAAAUUGUGGAUCUUUUACACCACACCACAGUGAACACCUUGGGGAGAUGUACUUUUUUGGAAAACUCAAAGGUGCUAGAUCCCUAAUUCAAAGAGAAACAUUUCUCAUGUUUGUUCAUUCUAGUUUCUAUUUUCAUUUAAAUCUUUUAGGUUAAGUUUAAGCUUUUUAAAAGUUAGUUUUGAGAAUUGAGACGCAAUACUAAUACUGUAGGAAUUGGUGAGGCCUUGACUUAAAACUUUCUUUGUACUGUGAUUUCCUUUGGGAUGUAUUUUGCUAAGUGAAACUUGUUAAAUUUUUUGUUAACUAAAUUUUUUUCUUAAAAUAAAGACUUUUUCACAAUGACUGGCACAGAUUAUCUGCUAAGCAAAAGGUGGCAAAACUGGGUGGUUGAAAGGAAUUCAUUUUAAUCGUAAUGUAUUUUGGUGUGAAUUUAAAUUUAGUAAAUCUAUGAUCUCCCUUAUAUUCUUACAAUGAGGCUAAAAUAAAAGUCUAA